AAAAAAUGUUCGUCAGUCACAACUCAUUUUUAUAAUUUCACCACCACCACCACCACCACAGCACCGCCGUGAGUUAACUAUGAUAAAGCCGUUGAUUUUUCUUUAAUUUGUUUACGAUCGUUCAAGAAGAGAAGAAGAAAUGUCAGUAACGGAGCUAAAAGCGCGGCACAUAGCGGCGACGGAGACGGUUAAUACACUUAAAGAACGCUUAAGGCAGAGGCGCCUGCUUUUGCUCGACUCCGACGUUGCUGGAUACGCGCGAGCGCAGGGUAAGUCUCCGGUCAGUUUUGGUCCAACCGAUCUGGUUUGCUGCAGGACGCUUCAAGGACAUACUGGCAAGGUGUAUUCUCUGGAUUGGACUGCUGAAAAGAAUCGAAUUGUCAGUGCAUCUCAAGAUGGGCGGUUGAUUGUGUGGAAUGCUCUAACAAGCCAGAAAACUCAUGCCAUAAAGUUGCCUUGUGCAUGGGUCAUGACUUGUGCCUUCUCACCUUCUGGUCAGUCUGUUGCUUGUGGGGGUCUUGAUAGCGUUUGCUCUAUUUUCAACCUGAAUUCACCAACAGAUAAGGAUGGGAAUCUUCCGGUAUCAAAGAUGCUUAGUGGUCAUAAGGGUUAUGUUUCUGCCUGUCAGUACGUGCCGGAUGAGGACACUCAUCUAAUCACGAGUUCUGGUGAUCAGACUUGUGUUUUGUGGGACAUUACCACAGGUCUCAGAACUUCUGUGUUUGGAGGGGAGUUUCAGUCUGGUCACACAGCUGAUGUGCUAAGUAUUUCAAUCAAUGGAACGAGCUCAAGGAUGUUUGUAUCUGGUUCAUGUGAUUCAACCGCCCGACUAUGGGACACUCGUGUUGCAAGUCGUGCUGUACGCACUUUUCACGGGCAUGAGGGAGAUGUUAAUUCGGUUAAGUUCUUUCCUGAUGGUAAUAGAUUUGGGACUGGUUCAGAUGAUGGAACGUGUCGGUUGUUUGACAUUAGAACUGGGCACCAACUACAAGUAUACAAUCAGCAGCCUACUGACAGCGAGGUCCCACAUGUGACCUCUAUUGCGUUCUCCAUAUCAGGAAGACUUCUCUUUGCUGGAUAUUCAAAUGGCGAUUGCUUAGUUUGGGAUACAUUAUUGGCACAGGUUGUGUUGAACUUGGGAACUCUGCAGAAUUCACAUGAGGGCCGGAUAAGCUGUUUGGGCUUGUCAGCAGAUGGAAGUGCCUUAUGUACAGGAAGUUAUGAUACAAACCUAAAGAUUUGGGCUUUUGGAGGGCACAGGAAAGUGAUUUGAGAAGAAAAUAAGCGGAACUGAACUUCUUCUCUGAUUAAAAAAGAUGAGCGAUGAUUGCUUUGUGCUUUCUUGGUAUAGAUUGCAGUGUAUUUUUAGGUGAAGAAACCAUUUGCUUCUUGUAACUGUUAAUGUAGAAAUUGAUUAUUAAAUGAAGAAGAGGGAAAAUGCUGCAGACGUUUAGCCGCGAGAGAAGCUAUUUGUAUAUCUUUGGCCGAUGUUUAGCCUACGUGCAUCCUUUGUGCUCUA